AUGUCCUCGCCGGCGACCGCGGACUCGGUCUGGCCGCGGGUGGCAAAGCUGCUCCUGCUGCUGCUCCAGCUGUGCGCCCCCCGAGCCUCCCCGCAGCCCCGCCGCUGCCCCGACGCCUGCAUCUGCACCUCCGACCUGCUGAGCUGCAGCCGGCAGAUGCUGCCGCGGGUGCCUCAGGCACUGCCGCCCACCACCACCACGCUGGACCUCAGCCACAAUGCCCUCACCCUGCUCCACGACCACUGGCUGGCUGCCCUCCCGCACCUCGAGGCCCUUCACAUCAGCCACAACCAGAUUCGGGACCUUUCUCCGCGGGCUUUCCACAACGCCUCCUUCCUGCGGCACCUGGACAUGUCCUCCAACCACCUGCAAGCUGUGGAGAGGCACUACUUCGAGGCGCUGGUGAGCCUGGAGGAGCUGCUGCUCUACGACAACCACAUCAAGCGGGUGGAUGAAAACGCCUUUGCCAAGCUGAGUGACCUGCGGAAGGUCUACCUGAGCUGGAACAACCUGACCACCUUCCCCUUCCAUGCUGUGCAGGGGCUGGGAAUCCACAAGCUCCGCACGCUGGACCUCUCCUCCAACAGCCUGAGCAACAUCCCCGUGGAGGUGCUGGCAGCUCUGCCUGAAAACGUUGGCAAUGGCUUGUACCUGCACAACAACCCCAUCAGGUGCAGCUGCCAGCUCUACCUGAUGCUUCAGCGCUGGAAUCAGAGAGGUUUCAGCUCUGUGAAAGAUUUCUCUGAGGAACACACCUGCAAGGUGUCUGACAAUGUGCCCCGGUCCCUGAUCAAGUUCCUCAAGCACAGAGACAUGUUUGAGAACUGCUCGGCGAGCACCGAAGAUGCGCACCUCUCGCACCUGGAGGUGGUGGUGGGCCAGCCUGUCCUGCUCACCUGUAACACCAGUAACAGCAGCCUGCCCCACGCUGCCACCACCUCCAUGUGGAUCACCCCUCACCACGAGCCCAUCAAACACCCAGGGAACAGCAAUCGCUCCCUGGAGGUCUAUCGCAAUGGGAGCCUGAGGAUCGCCGCAGCCAAGCCCUGGCUCUCGGGGGUCUACGUAGGCUUGGCCAUGAACAGCCCCUACAACUUCAGCAGGAUGUGCGAGUUCAACGUGACCGUCCUCUACCCCAAGGCAGCUGGGGAGACCUUCAGCACUGGCCUCACGACCCUGCUGGGCUGCAUCGUGAGCCUGGUGCUGGUGAUCAUCUACCUGUACCUGACGCCGUGCCGCUGCCUGGGCUGCUGCAGGAAGCCGGCCCCGCCAAGCCCCCCGCAGGAGUGCAGCGCCCAGUCCUCCAUCCUCAGCACCACUCCCCCUGCCACCGACGGGCCGCACCGCAAGGCCAGCGCCAACAAACACGUCGUCUUCCUCGAGCCCAUCAGGGAGACACAGAACGGCAAGAUCCGCCUGGCCCUCGGCGAGGACUUCCCCGACCCCAAGCACCCCAAGGUCCUGCAGCUCAAGUCGGACUCAGAGUCCAUCAGCUCUGUCUUUUCUGAUACCCCCAUUGUGUCUUAGUGGGACAGAGCUGGAGCAGAGCCGAGGCCUCCUGAGAGCUGGUCUGCUCCAUCGCUGCUAGAUCAGGAUUAUUGGGCAUCCCGAGUUCCUGGCUUGACCACGACCCAUGGGAGCGACUGACAUCACCCACUACUGCUUCAGCCACAGGCUCCUGGUGGGUUUUGGGCCACGGGCACAUUGGUGCCCAGCAAGAGCACCUUGCAUAAUCUGCUGGCAAUGGCCUUGUUAGCAUGUGGGUAACGCUGAUGAACCCAGCAUGUGGAGAAAUAUCCCUUCAUUUGGGCACCCUCCCUAAUGUGACACCAGGCCUGGGGGGUCUCUCAUGUCCCCAGGCAUGAGAUGCCCAACCUGACACCACUGCCACAGACCCCAUAGGCCAAGGAAUAGCUGUGACAAGUGGGACACUGUCCUGGCUCAUGCCAGGGUCCUCAGGAUUGGUGAUGCCACCGUCCUCUCCCAGCACACGCCAUCAGCAUGUCAUGGCUGGGAGCAGGGGACUGUGACCCUGUCACAAAUGGGGGGUACACACCCCCACAGCCCUCCCCAAACGUGGCCAUGCAGGAGGGAAGGAGCUCAGCACCCGACCAGCCACGCAGCCAAGCAAACCUUCCAAGCUUUUGCUUCCUGAGAAGCUGUAAAUCGUCCAGGCAGGACAAGGUGACGAGCCACAGCGCCCCAGCCCGCACUGCUCAGAGCUCACCGUGCCACCAAGGACACCGAGGUCCCCGAUGCGCCACGCGCUCCCCCGCUGCUUCUCCUUGAGGCGGACAUGCUGCUCGAGCACAGCUAUUUAGGCAGUAACCCAAUCAGCCUAUCGAUAAAUGUGAGUAAUCCUCCCCUCUCCUGGGUCGUAAUUCUCUAGUUCCAUUGGAAUAAAAAUGCCUAUUUUUUUAAGCUCA